UUCUUGUAAUUCAAAAAUAUUUGAUUAGUAUAUAAUUAAUUCCAAAACUGUUUAAUUUUAAUUGAUAAACUAUUGUGAUAUUAAAUUUUAAGAAUUGUUGAAUAUUCUCUUAAAGUAAUAAUGUUUCUCAAUAAAUUGAAAUUAUUAAUUUUUUUUAUUCAAACAAUCAAUCACUCGAUUUGUGAAGUCGAUCUAAAUAAUAUCACAUUUCAGCACUUAGAAACACUCAGAAUGGAAUACCGAAAUAUUAUGCAAGACAUUCUUCAAAACCAUCCUUAUUAUAUAAAACGAAAAAAUGGAGUGAAGUAUUGUCCAGUACCUUACAGUCACGCAGUAGAUAAUGAAGAAGUUCCUUAUGAAGGUAUAGAAAUAAUAAAUAGAGAAUUGAAGUAUGUGGUUAAGAACUGUGUGUAUGAAAAAAAAUAUGCUUUGGCUUACAUAAUCAUUUUGAAUGCUAUUGAAAGUAUAGGCCUUACAUAUAUGUAUCGGUUCUGCGAGUUUGCAAUAGAAAUGAAUAAAAAAGGUGCUUCAAUAUCAGAUCACUUAAAAGAAUUUAGUAAUAACCUUCAUUAUAAAAUUAUACCGAUAUUUAAUAGAGAAUGGAUUUCUCCUAUACCAUAUGAUUGCAUUUUAAAUGUUUACAAAAAACACGAACGUAACCAUGAGAAUUACAAAUUUACUAAUGUAGACGAAGUGUACAUGAGUGAUUUACUAGACUGCAAGAAUUUAAUGAAAGAAAAAGUAAACUUUAUAAGUGAAUUCAAAAAUAAUAUUACUAUGGACGACUUAGUAAUGACACAAGAUUAUAAUAAUAUAAAUAUUAAGCGUUUGUUACCGAAUGAUUUUUCUGGUUUUAAAAGAAUAGUUGGAUAUAAAAAUCAAACCUUAUGCACUGGGUGUACGGAUAUGAGGUAUAGUGGUACGGUCCGUGUAAUUCACAUUUUUUUACCAUGUAGACAUGGGUGGAGUUGUCAAUAUUGUAAUGUACUUAAUAAUCAGUGUCCUGUAUGUCAUGAACGGAUUACAGGUACUCAAGUUAUUCAAAUAGAAACACCUACGAGAAUAAUUAAAAAAGGUUUUUUAUCCUUACAGCCAAGAUGUUUUUUCGAUGGACGAGAAGCACGUUGUAUAAGCUGCCGCAGUCAAAUAAAAGAUGUGAAUCCUCCAAACAAAUACGUAAUGAUACCAUGUGGUCAUGGUUGGUAUUGCAGUAUAUGCAUUGAUAGCGCCAUAUGUACGAAAUGUGAAACUAAAUUCGAAGAUAAAUUGUGUGUAAAUUUAUAAAACAAUGAAUAAAUUUAUUGAAGUUCUUUCUUUAAAUAAUAUUAAUUUGAUUUGUUUAUAAAUAUUUUUGUUAAUGAAUAUUAAAAUAACAUUGUAUUAUAUUGUCUGUUCAUAAUUUUACAGCUUUACUAAUUUAACAUUUUGUAUUAACAGGUGUAAGUAAAACGCGGGUUAUAGUAUUUUUUUACUAAUAAUUUCUCGGCCACAAUCUCACUGUCGUCGAAUGGCUGACAAAUGAUUUGGCCAUGGCAGAGAUAAAAAAUCAUGAUUUUAAGUAUCAUCAUGGGAGCUUCCCAUGAUGAUGAUAUCCCACAGCUUUUAUAUUUUAAUUAUUUUUUUAUACUAUUCUUAUAUCAAGAUGUUAGUAAGGGCUAUUAGAUAUUGAUAAAUGUAUUAUUUCUUUUAGAAUAAUAACUUGUUGAAUUUUUUUACAUAUAAAUAAUAACAAAGGCCUAAAAUUUAAUUUCCUAAA